GAUUCCGACACACUGUGUACGGGAGACGGGAGACAUUUGUGUGACCUCAGGAACACUUCUCAUCUCGCUUCCCGAGUUGAAACCUUCAAGAUGGUUCUUGGACUCAAAAGCUUGAGUAUUGCGGGGAUGAAACAACAUCCCUCGCUCAUCCCGCUCCUGGCAUGCCUGUUCGUCGGUUGUAGUGGUGCCGCCCUCUACACAGCCCGCUUGGCCCUGAAAAGCCCGGACGUUUCCUGGAACAAGCAGAAGAACGCGGAACCUUGGCAAGAGUACGAGAACAAGCAGUACAAGUUUAUCUCGAGCCGCGACUACAGUUCUCUACCACAGGAGCGACCCAAGUUCUAAAUUUUGAUCUGUCGUGGAGAUAGUCACGUGGAAGUCGGACAGUAUAGAAUAAACAAGCAGGAGGUAU